AUGGGUUGGGAGUGCAGAAGUCUUCUUUUAAGCCCCUUUUCUUUACGUCUUCCCUUAGGUAUGUGGGUUGUGAGUGUGGGUUGGGAGUGUGUGGGUUUGUGUAUGGGUUGGGAGUGUGGAAGUGUGGGUUGUAGGUCUAUCUUCUCUGGUCAAGCCACAGGAUUAGUUGGCGAAAAAAAGAAAGCAGACCAUAAAGGAUAUAGAAUGGAGGCUAGUUUUGGGGUCUCACACGGGAAGAAUUAUUUUUGUCAUAACCUAAGAUAUUGUGAUGCGGCGUUUUAUAGUGAGGAUUCUAUAAGGUAUCAUAAUAAAUUAUGGGAAGAUAAAUUAAGCAGUUAUAUGGCUAAAGAUUGA